GUCUUCGGGGCAUUCCCCUGGGAUAACAAAAAUAUCUAAAUAACUGAAGGUCUGGAAAUAGUGGACUACCGCUGGAAAGAAAUCAACACAGUAUGCUACUGGAUCUAAGAAGUCCGAAAACUAUCCACGAGUUUCGUCACCUGCCCUGCCACACAAUGUGGCACGCUCAAACGGGCUAAGUAUUUUCAAGGGUACCCAGUAAGUCUUGUUUAUCACUCCCUAAGCGGAUGACGAGACUUUUUUAGACUAAACAGUUAUAAUAAGGAUGCAAUAAAUAUAACUUAAGAAAUUAAAUAAGUAAACAUUGAAAUCUGAAAGCUGAACUGUACCAUGAAAUCUGAGCUGGUGUACUCUUACCCCUGUAAAUUGCCCAGUUAGUUUUUUGGAUUUUGUUAGCUCCUUAAACUUAGCUUAGAGACCAUUGUACUUGAGCUAACACUACUUUUGCUUUUGUAAUUAUUCUGCAUCAACUUGAUUCCUUUCAAUGAUAUCUUUCUUACUUCAUCAAAAAAAAAACUGUACCAUGAAAUCUGAAAGCUGAACUGUAGCAUGGACUCUGAGUUAAGUUCUAAUAACUGCAUACAACUAAGUUUCUUUAUUUUGAAAAUUUCGUCUAACAAAUAUUGGUGCUUGCGAGUGGGGGAUACCUGGACCAAUCCCUAGCCCUGGCAACUUUUACCCUCGGGGAUAUUGACUACUUCUUCCAAACACAUAAAUCGGAAACUGAACAUGGAACACUUGCGAACGCGGAGUGAAGAUGUCCUAAACCAAUUAUUUCAUCUGCAUGGGUGCAAAACAACAGAGAUCGUCAUACCGGAGCUUCGUGAGCUGCGCAGAGCCCAUACUGUUAGUUUUGGAUCUGAAUCACUAUGCUUAUUGAAUCCUGAUUGCGAGGAUGGGCGAAGGAUAAUGUACUACCACAUGGAGAUUUUCAAGAAAGUAGAUGUCAUUGUAACACCUACCACUGGAAUGACAGCUCCAGAACUUCCAGAAAGUGCUCCUGCAGUUGGAGAGACAAAUUUGCAAGUUGUAGCAAGCCUAAUGCAAUUUGCUAUAACAGCAAACGUUCUCGGGCUUCCAGCAAUUUCUGUCCCUAUUGGCUAUGAUAAGCAAGGACUUCCAAUAGGCUUGCAGCUUAUUGGCCGUCCGUGGUGUGAAGCUACAAUCUUGCAUUUAGCUAGUAUGAUAGAGGAAAUCUCUGCAGAGUAUAGGAAGAAGCCAGUGGAGUACUAUGACAUCUUGAAAGGGAAAGUGAGAAUAAAUGUUUUACAAGACACAAUUGAAAGAGAGCGAAGGAACUGACAGGAAUAAGCUUAAGCCUAGCCUUAGGGUAAGAAAAAGAUUUCAUCACAAAUGAACUUACAUAGAGAACGAAUCAAGUAAGUGCUGAAGAACAAUACUCCUAGAUAUAGAAAUGUGGUUGCUUUUUCAAUAAUUAUAUCUAGUGGAUUUUGGUGAUA